AACACGCUGCUAGCUUGCCAAGCUAGCCGGUUUUAGGUGCGUGAUUGCAGGUGAAGCACAGAUAUGAACAUUUUGAGGGAACGUGAAUGAGAGUUAACCGUGUCGUUUUGAACAGGCGUUAAAUCUGCUCUCGGUUUCUGACUUUGACACGGUCUCAAAUGAAGAGAUCUCAACAUGUCCAUGCAGUUUGUGUAUACCCAGCAGGACUUUGUCACUGAUUUAUGUCGGAACAGUGGAAACAAUUCCGCAACAAGAUCACUAUCAACAAAGUUUGAUGCAACCAUCCGAGCUGGCUGGGCAGACAGGAUGGCGAGGAGGCUCUUCCGCUACCAACUGGGUGAUUUACAAACACGAAUCCUGCAGGGCCCACAUGGCUACGUGGCUCAGCUGAAUAUACAACGAGGAAUAGAGAGAAGAAAGCCUCAGGAGAUAGUGAGCAUUAAGCAGGAAUUCAGUGCCAAGCAAUUUAAUUUUAACAAAAUCAAUCCAGAUGAAAUCAUAUUUGAGAUGAUGAAAGUCACAACUGGAGGCACAGCUCUGACUAGCAAUGCACAGUGUCCUCAACCCCAGAAGAUGGUUGUGUUGGUCAAUGUUAGCCCUUUAGAGUUCGGACAUUGUCUCUUUGUUCCAGAUCCCUCUCACUGUCUCCCACAGGUCCUGACAAGGUUUGCAAUCCAGGUUGGUAUAGAAGCUGUGCUCUUGAGCUCCGACCCUGCUUUUCGCAUGGGAUUCAACAGUCUCGGAGCAUUUGCAUCUGUCAAUCAUCUACACCUCCAUGGAUAUUAUCUAGACCAUGCCCUCAAGAUAGAGUCUAAGCCAGCUAAACCUUUGUGUCCCGAAAAGGGAUUUUAUCGAAUGUUGGACUUCCCUGCAGGCUUUUUGUUUUACGCAGAAUCAGAGGAGGUGGAGAAAGUGGCGGGAGCUAUCUGUGAAGUCACAGAUUUUCUUGUGAACGAUAAUAUUGCUCACAACCUGUUCUUGACUAGAGGAAGCCCACCAUGUGGUCAAAUGCAAAGCGAACAGGAUUGUUUGCUGAGAACAGGUGUUCGCAUUGCUGUGUGGCCCAGAAUAUCCUGCUUCGGUGCCAAAGAGGAAUCUGCCUUUAAUGUUGCACUUUGUGAGCUGGCUGGACAUUUACCCUUCAAGAACAAAAGGGACUUUGAGGUCACCACAGAGAAUGAUGUCAUUAGUAUAAUCCAGAGGUAUCUUUUGCCUGAUGAUAAGUUUCACAGGCUGGAACAGAAGCUUACUGAACAUUUAAUGUGUUUAUAAAACAUAGCCAUUGUCAUUAACUUACAGCUGGGCAGGAAUCUUCACUGUUUCUUCAUGGGGUCUUAGAUUUAUGAUGGUAUAAAUUGAUAAAUCUACACACUGGAUUGUGAUCUUAAUUGUAACCACUGCACUACCCCACUGGAUAUGUGUCAGUCUUCCUUGUACAAUGAAGGAAAUUACAUAUGUUGAGUUUUAUGAUUAUGUGAUAAUGUUCUUUAAAUGAUUAAUAAAUGUGUUGUAGCAAAAUUGCCACCAAAUGCUACAAAAAUGGGGCUAAAGACCAGAGUUUUUUUUUGUUUGUUUGUUUGUUUGUUUUAAUGAUUUGCAGUCCUUAGUUGUGUUGAUGUGAGUCAGGAGAAGCUCGGGUGUGGUGGAACAGAGCUGUUAUUAAUGUUACUUGUUAAAUGUUAGGAUUGUGUUUUUGGAGGAUUUAUGAAAAAGGCACAUUACAUAAUCUCUAUUUACAAAGUAAUGCAAUGGAGCAUGGUGGUAGGAUACAUUUUUCCAAGCAAAGCCAAUUGUAAUAAUGGUGAGUAUAGCUCGGUGAACUAGUUAUCAUUUAAGGAAUACAUUGAAGUUGAUAAUACAUGAAGGUGAUAAAGGGUUUUGCGUUUUAAUACAGUCAGAUUAUUGAGAAGGGCUAUAAAUUCUGUUGAAACCAGACAUAGGGCCAUUCCAGCUUCAGCAGUGUAUCAUUAUAUCCUCCUGGGACCAUGUGGACCCAACAAAAGGUAACAUGAAUAUAUUUUUGACUAUAGAGAGAAUAUGGCAGUCCCAUAUAUAAAGCCAACAUACAGCCUGAAGGAGCCUAAAGGAUUUUGUUGUACGUAUUGUGUUAGAAACAAUUAGAUUUUGUUGUUGUCCUUCUGAAACUGGAUAUGUGCACAACCGUUUUCCCCCUGCCUUCCUACAGGGCUGUACUAUGAUUACAGCAUCAGACUGUGGUAUAUCUCCUCAGAUGUAGGAUAAGAAAGCAGGCUGAUAACCAUGUGUACAGUAUGUUUUUGUUGAGCUGUCUCUUCAUUGUCCAGAGUUGUGUGCCUCAUGUGUUCUGUAUUUAUUCCCUGAUUCCAAGUUCCUACCUUCUUGAGUAAAACCUGCUUUUUGAAUUUACUUCCUGCAUUUGGGUCCGACUCUUCCUGCCACACACAGGUGCAACUUGAUGCAGUUUGGUCAAAACCCAUUGUAUCUGUUCAAUUUCAUUUUGAAUGUCCUCUGACAUCAUUGGAUGACCCGUAUUUAUCUUUACGUUGCACAGA